CAGUUCUCUCACUCUCCCUUUUGCCCCCUUCUUAUCUCAACGGCGAGGGAGAGCUGCUUCAUCCAGGCCUAGGGAACGUGGCUGUGUGCGGUGCUGCUGUGGAUACUUGCCCCUAGAAAGAGAGAUGUCCCGUGGGCGACGGGGAGGAGGUCAGGAGGGGGAGGCUGCAGGAUCCCCUGAGCUCCCACACACCCAGGACUAACAUCUCCUGGUCACCAGAGCCAGAGCCCAUGCCUUCGUGUGUAUACAGUGGGAACGGUUUUAAAAACAUGCUGACGCCCUGGAAACUUCUGCUUUGCCAGGUGGCAAUGAAUAUAUUCUACCACGUCGUAAAAGCCGGCCUAUGCCUUGGUGGGCACGAUAUUUUUGGCGCUGUUCGAGAGAACAGCCCAACAGGGGAAUUUGUUGCGGACAUCAACAUGGAAGGUAACACCGGAACCACUACUAUUCGACUGUGCCUCACUGGAGAGAAUGCUAAUUGGUUUUUCCUGGAGGGGCAAAGUAUCAGACUGAACUCCUCUUACACCAGGGGUCUGGAUCGGGAGGUCCUGGGAUCGGUGUUAAUGGCGUCCUUGACAUGUUACGAGGAUGACAUAAUACAAAGCGAAUACAGAAUCAUGGUUGAGAUCUUGAAUGAAAAUGACAACAAACCAAGGUUUGUGGAGAGAACAAUACAACCCCUGUACAUAAGUGAGCUGACAGCAAUAAACUCGGAAGCUUUUGCAGUCAAGGCCAAGGAUGCUGAUGGAGACACCAUCUUGUACAUCCUUGAUCUCAUGUCGCCUGAUGCCAACUACUUCAGGAUAGACUUGCCCAACAGUGGCAAAGUCAUUCUGGACAAACCUCUGGACUUCGAGACUAAGACACAGCUGGAGGUGGUCAUAUAUGCGGUGGAGAUGAACACUGGAGAGAAGUACAACACAACUGCCACAAUAAUUGUGAAUGUUCUGGAUGGGGAUGACCAGUACCCAAUUUUUUUGCCAUGCACUCCCAUAUCACAAGAUCAAGCUGACUCAAUCUGUACCAAUCCCUUAUACACUGUCAAUAUCACAGAAAAGGAACAGGACAGUGUCUUACAUUUUUCCCCUGGCCCUAUUCAUGCUGAAGACGGUGACAAAGACAUCCGAGUCCCUUUAAGCUACACCCUGCUCUCAGGUGAUGAUCAUGGGCGAUUCAUGAUUGACAAUGAGACCGGACAGAUCACACUGACCAGGCGUGUGGAAAACCGCCUGCUGACACCCACCUACACAAUACGCAUUAUGGCUGCUCAGGAGAAUGACCCUAAGAAGUACACAGUGGCGACGGCACUUGUGCAUGUUCAAGCUGACAACCGCUUUCCACCCCACUUCAACAAAACGACGUACAAAGGCUUUGUCAUAGACAACACCAGUCCCGCAACACUGGUCUCGACCUAUGGCAAUGAAGUGCUGGUUGUCCAGGCUAUUGACCGGGAUUUCAGAGAUGGAGUUAAUCCUAGGAUGACGUAUUCCCUCGCACCAAAAGGCCUGAGCACUAACCUCUAUCACAUAACACAGGGGGGCAUCCUCAUCGCAAAGACUGACCUCCUCCAACCAUCUGAUAGACACAUUCUCAAGGUAGAGGCCAUGGAUCAGGAGACGGGUGAGACCGCUCAGACUUCAGUGGAUAUAGAGGUUCUCCAGAAAGGCCAAUCAGUCCCCCGGAGCCAGUUUGGAGAGGAGCGGCUGUUUGGUGACAUAGACGCAAGCUUGGCUGGUGGCAUCGCUGGGGUCAUUCUCCUGCUGGCUGCUGUGGUGCUGUGCCUCCUCAUACGGAUGAUGAGGAGGUGGAGGGGAAGGCACGACCCUGCGGACAGAAGCCAUGUUGCCCGAGGGAAGCAUCCUAAUGUGGGCCUGAAGCGGUCGAAGCGCAUCUCUGAUGCCCACAGAUAUGCCUUGAAGAAAUCUGAUGACUGGCUCACAGAUGACACUGAGCAGCUUACAGAGAGGAGCUAUGACAUCAUCUCCCACCACUUCCACCAGGCCCAUGAUCAAGACCUAUUGUGACAGGCCAGGGGAAUACAAUGACACAUGCCUCUGGUAUUACACACUACUGCAUCACACUCAGGAGCUAAGCUCAAGAUAUCCACUGAAUAGCUAUAAUAAUGCAUGCUAUGUAAGGAUCAGUGAAACACAGUUAUGCCCAUUUAACCAGAAUGAUUAAAACCUUGGGUGCAUUAUACUCAUUGAAAAUCAAUAUGAAAUAAUAUGCAAUAUCACACAUACAUAGCCAGAGUGUUGGUGUGUUUGAAACAAAUACAGAGCCAUAUCUCACCUUCACUAUGCCAGUAAUAAAGGUCACAAGCUCCAUGACAACAGCACAGGCCAGAAUGAGUGGGAGGCUGAUAGUCUGGAAGCAUUUGCGGCUGAACAACUGAACUGCCUGAUGGGAUCUUUGUAUAUGGAGACAUUCAUAAAAGCAUGCAUUGCUAACGAGAUGACUCUCGCUUAAUAUUGAAAUAUGAUCUUUUUUUUUUUUUAAACAACAAAUCAAAAUACAUCAGCACUUUGUUACCGUUUCUGAAUUCGUGUCACACAGUCUUCGCUUUCCUCUUUAGUUGGUGACCUGAGUUGACAGCAAAGUGAAAAAGAACAGCGUAUAGAGAUUAGGUUAUGUCUAUGACCUAUUGCACUGGGUAUUUACCAGUAUGAGAAUCUUAUAAUAAGGUUGUAUAACUAUUGAGUAAUAAUCAUAUGUAUUCAGGUGUAUCAUACACUGGGCUCACACAUCAUCUUUCAAACGGCAAAGAAUCCUCUCAUGUGUCCUCUCCCUCUCUUUGUCCUCAGGAGAUGUGACCAUGCUUGACUCACCGAGAACCUUAACAACAGUGAGCAGUAUUCCUGGAUGAGACCAUUCACCGUGAACAUCUGUUUGUUUUGAGUCAGAUACGAACAUCUGGACGGGACACUAUGGUACCUCUAGAUUGUGCCACGCUGAUCCGUUGUCAUAGUUACUUGUACUGUUGGACAUCUUUUCGAGGAGGUUCUGGAGCUUAUCUUUUUUCAGUGACAACUCUUUCAACAACAAAAAAAUAAACUGUAAUGUUCAAUUUGAACAAAGAUGACAAAGUAAACAAUGCUCAACACGAGAUCAUUUUGGAGCAAAUAUUAUCUCAUGUAAAUGACCAAAUACUUUUUAAUAAAAGAAAAACUUUCA